GGCCACUUUGACUAAACUUUCGACUGUUACUAUGGUAACCACACGCGGAAGGAAGUUGCACUCCGAAGCGGAAACACGUGACACAGUCCAUAGUUGGCUCCAAAUUUGAAAAUGCGGCUGGUAGGUGAUGAACAUGUAGCAAGCAAACAGCGACGAGGGGCACAAGCUGAGGCCUAGAACUGAGCCGGAGGAAAACGACCUGUGCAUUAGCCACGUUUUGUGAAUAGGUCAGUUGACAUCUACUUGGGGAAUACGGUGUAUUGGACACAGUGCACACAAAAAUGCAGUGCACUCCUGAAUCAAACGUCUACCUUGAGAGCUGCAAAGGCCAGCACUGUUAUGACUGCUCUGACAGCGGAUACUCGGGUUUAUUCCACAGCCCACAGAGCAUCUGUGGAGUGGACUCCUGUCGCUCUUUGUCUCCAGUAGAAUUCAGUGAAACGCCUAAAGAGAACAUCUGGCUUUCUAUCACACCCAAGGAGAGGACCAGAGAACCGGUUGUAUAUUUGGGCAAAGACCACAGAGGUAUCCAGCGGCCUCAAGGGGUCAGCUGGUGUGAAACUCCUAAAGUGUACAAAAGAGAUGCCCCGCUGCGACACAGACUUCUCAUGUGCAAACCCGCCACAGAUGUCAAAGCUGACGACACAAGAUCACCAUGCGCCAGAAGGACUGAAUCUUCCAUCAGUGUCAGGUCUGAACACUGGCUCAAUGCAUCGUUUGACUCUCUAGAAGCUUUAAAAUUGGAGCAGGACCUGCAGCUAUCUGGUAGGAAACGCCGCCUCCUCUUCACGCAGAUGAGGACCUCGACUCUUGAAGAUGGCAAACUACACUCUGGCUUCCUUCCCAGUUUCGAGAGAAGAGCGUCUUUCUCUGAUGCAGUUUACAACGAGAGCAUUUCUGCCUCUGAUCAAAUUGAUAUUGAGACUCCAUGCUUUAUCAAAUCCCUGCCUGCUCCAUCUCAGGAAACCUCUCAAUCACCAGUCAGUGGUGUGACGAAUAACCAGUAUGACAGCUCAAGUGUCUUGUACACACCAUCAUCCUCACACACACCCAAAUAUAUCAGGUCUGAGUGUGAAGACAGUGGUUUUAGUUCCUUGGCCCUUGAUAAAUCCCAAGACUCCUCAGUGGACCAUGAUGGCUCAUUCCUGGAGCUGCUCCUCUCAGCCUCCAGAAACUGUGAAACCCCAAAUCUCACAGAGGCAAAGCGGCGCUCCCAUUUGCAGCGCCAACAUAAGCUUUCAACGCUUAAAGAAGGAGGCUCUCAGUCCGAGGAAGACCCAGCAGAGAGAAAGCACGGACAUGUUCGUCAAAGCCACAGCCUUUUGACAGAAGAUGAGGUUUUUGAUCGCAGUGCCACCCCUCGCAGUGCCCUUUCUACUAAAUGUAGUAAUAGCAUGACAUCUGAUAGUUUGGCCUCUGCGAGACAAGACGAUGCUACCUCACUAAGAUCAACUACAGCCAGGCCAGAAUACAUGACGCCCCUUAACGCAGCUCCUGUUAAUCCGGAUGUGACUCCUCUCUGGACAACCCCCGUCAAUCUCUCUCUGACUCCAGCUCUACAGCUGAUACAUGCUAUAUGCCAACUGAAAGCCCACAUGUCUGUUGGCCAAAGUCCAAGCCUAAAGGAGCAGCUGAAGUCCACCGCAGCGCUGGCUGAGACCCCUGUGACGUUCAGGACCACCAUGCCGCUGGCAGGGCUGAUCGGCAGGAAGAUGGGCCUGAGGAAGGUGGACAUACUCACAGAGCUGAGGAAGAGGAACCUCAGGCACAUCCUGUCUGUCAUCUUCAGCCGCCUGACCUCUGAGAGCAUCUACAUGUGUGGUCAGGUGUGCAAGAGAUGGAAUGAAAUCAUCCAACAAGAUAAGCGAGCUAGUUUUAAGAGAAGAAACUACCUGAGUGAAGUGGAGGCUGCUCUUGAGCUCGGUGGUGCCGUCCAUGUCCCUGACGCAGAGACUAGACUCGCUCUGCCCAAGAGGUCGGCCCUCAAGACGGUUCAGGCCCAGUCUAGGACGUCCAGCUUCUGCACCCCACAGUCAGGAAACAGCACUUUAACCCCAUCACAGCACAGCGCCUUGAAAUCAGGCAGCAGCAGCAAACGAGAUAAAUUUCUGGAAGUUGCCCAGACCCUCUUCAACGAUGAGUGCCUCAAGCCAUGCCCUCGAUGUCAGCAUCCGGCGAGGUGUCACUCAGUGAAACAGGAGGGCGUGUGCAGCAGAGCCGACUGUGAUUUCCGCUUUUGCGCAGCCUGCUUGUGUGCUUUCCACGGCUCUAGAGAGUGUGGCAGCCAGUCUGUGGGCCGACGCAAAAAGGACAUACUUCUGCCUGGAAGCGCACAGAGCAAGCGAAACGUUAGGCGACUAUGAGCAGAAAGUCUGCUGUGUUUUUGUUUGUUAUGCCGAGGUCACUUCAAUUUUUUUUAUGUCUAAUGGUGAACACGAGGCAUAGCAACAAGGAAAGUGAUAUGUAGCUAGUACAUGAGAGCAACUUUUGCACCUUUCAAUGUGUCCUUGUGCCUUUUUGUACUGUAUUUACUGUUUUUUCAACACAGUUCUUGUGUUUUUAAUUAUGAAUGUAUGUAUGAAAUCUCACCAGCAGAACAAUGACUGAAUUUUGCUGUUGAUAUAUUUUUUCCAUACACAUUGAUUAACUGUAUAUAUGUUUUGGGACUUCCUCAGGAAUUUUCAGCUUUUACCAAUGUGUUUUCAGCGGUUUUAAAAUAAAUUAGAUUUUUUUUUUUUACCUGUCUCUUUUGUGAAUGUUUUGGUCUUUUCUGGACUAUUGUCUCUAUUGUAAUCUGUAAAAGUGAAUUGGUUUUAGAAUUCUUCUUUUGACGGUGUUUGGUGCCAUCUAGUGGUACGACCUUACCUUGUCUUAACUGCAAUAACUGAUUUUCUUUUAUUUAACUUUCUUUUACUACAUGUAAGUGAUUUUAGUAAAGUUAAUCCUGUAAAUACUUUGGGGAAAAAAGUCAUU